AUGUUUGUAUCUCAAAACAAAAUUACGGAUCAGCUUAUUCGAAAUUAAGGGGAGGAGCCUGCUAAAACCACAAAAUUGUCGUUGCGUUCUAUGAAAUUGACUGUAAUCUUAAUAUUUUACAUAGAAAAUAGAAAAUUUAGAUUAAUUGGUGCUUUUGUAGGAAUUGAACUUAAGUCAUAACAAUAUUACAAAAAUAGAGAAUUUAAGAUUGCCCGCACUUAAAGAACUUAAUCUUUCAGAUAAUUUUAUAAAGUCAAUGAAUGGAUUAGAAUUUCUGCCAUCUUUGAUUAAUUUGAAUUUGAAUGGCAAUUAAAUAACUGAGAUUAGUUUAACAAAUCAUAGUUUAGAAACCCUCAAGCUAUCUAGAAAUUAAAUUAAAGACCCAUUGUAGUUAUUAAACCUUAAACCCCUUUUAAAUUUGAAAAUCCUUUCUCUCAGUGAUAAUCCUUUUUGUAGAACAUUCAGUUACAUAGAAUAUCUAUGUUUUCUAACUCCUACCCUUUAAGUCUUAGACAAUAAAGUCAUUUCAAAUUAGCAUGAGAUCGCAAGACAAUUGUAUGGAGAACCAAUUCCCAGUGAUCAUUAACAACUACUCUAAAACAUUAGAUUAGUUUAAUUAAAAAAGCAAGAGAUUGACACUGAAAUAGCUUAAAUAGAGAAUAAAAUGUAGAGAGCUACAAAUUUGCUUCAAACUUAUUAGAAUGAUUCUGAUAGCGAAGAUGAAACAGACAGAUAAUUAACCAACAAAGCUUUUCUUUCCCUUAAAUCUUAGUUAGAAGAACACUACUAGGUUCGUUAAGAAACUGAUGAUGCUUUGAAGGAGUUAAAACAAUAGCUUGAAUCAUAUAAGUCAUAACCAAAGGAAAAAUUACCAACUGAGCAAUUAAAUCGCAUAAAUUCUCUUUUUGUUAGGCUGCAAGCAGUACUUUAAACAGAUUUGACAUAAUGUUAAAGAACUCUAUUUGAAAUGGCUUUGUAGGGAAGCAUAGAGUAAGUGUUGUAAAGUAUCGUCGAUUUAUUAGAAACAGUGCUAGAAAGAAUACCCUUGUUACCAUAAGAAAGUGUACUUGAGGAGGUGGCUGCUCAAGUUCAUGAUUAAAUCUAGGAAUUAUAUUCGAGGGUUUCUACUAAUUCUUUAAAUUCAAUAGGAAUUUAAGAUAAACCUAUUGAGUCCUCUAUUGUUCUAUUAAAGAAAUUAUUUAGGAGGGCAGAAAAGAAAUACAAGAAGAUUGAUGAAUUCUAUGCAAUAAAGGCAUAAUUUAUUAAAGAUUUUGAAAUAGAAACAUAAUAAUUAGCUGAUAAAUGGAAAGAUUAUGAAAGCAAGAAGGCAUAAUUGCUUCAAGAGAAAGAAACGAUAAGUAAAGAAUUGGAGGAGUAAUUUGAAUAGAUUAUGCAAUAGAAAGAAGAACUGAAAAUGCAACAUCAAUAAGUGGAAGUCUAAUUUUCAAAAUCUAAUGAAGAUUUUAAAAUAUUUAGAGCUAAGCAAAAUGAAGCCAGGAAAUGUUUAACUGAUGAAAUUACUAGACUUGGUAGAUAAUAGGAAUAAUUGGUAAUGAUAUAAAUAAUUAUUUAGUGUGAAGAAGUCUAAGAACUGUAGAGUGAAAUGGAAAGACUAAAGGAUACAAAUGCAGAGAAAGAGGAAUCAAUAAGGUUAUUAAAUGAAGAGAUUGAAAUGCUGCAAUAGAGAAUAUAGGAUCAAUAUUAAGUUAGUUUUUAAAUUAGAGAGGAUCAACAAAGAGCACUGAAUAAUAUAGAAUAUUUGAAUUCAUAGAAAGAACUAUUAAGCAAAGAUAUCGAGGAAUUACAAUUUGAGCAUGCUAAAAAAGAAUAAGAUACUAUGGAUUUAUAAAUAAAAUAUCAAAAUGAACAUAACAAAAUGAAGUAAUUACUAGAAGAAUUAGAUACUUGUCAUUCAAAAUUAAAAAACACAGAAUAAUUAUGCAGAGAAGCAGAUAGAGUGUUAAAAUAAUUGAAUGGUGCUGUGGCUGAUAAAGAGUAAGAAAUGUAAAGGUAUGAUAAAAUCAUGUAGGAAUCAAAUUUGGAAAAGGAAAAAAUAAAAUAGACUAAGAAUGAGAACUUAUAAAUCAAAAAAGAAUCAUAGAAAUUAAGGACUGACUUAGAUAAUUUGGAAUAUUAAAUAUAGGUCAGUCAAGAUAAUUUAUUAAAAGGCAAAAAAAAUCUUUAAUAAGUUACGCAACUAACAAUAGAGAAGGAAUAAGAAUUGCUAUAAAUUGAGAAACAAUUAAUCAAUACUGAAAAACAGAUAUAGGAUUAAAUGAAGUAAAAAGACAUGUUGGGUAAUGAUUUCGACAUAUUGCAAAAGGAAUUGAAAAAAUUAAAUAUUGAAAAAGCUAAAUUGCAAUAACAAGUGGAUGAUGCUACUAUUGAUUUGUAGAGCAUUAAAUAAGAGUAUCAAAUUUAGUAAUCUAAUUUACAAUCCUUAAAUAAAUAAAUUGAGUAGAAAGUGACAGAAUUAUCAACUUAAACACAUUAUCAGAUGCAUUAAGGAUAAGAGUAAAUCGUCAAUUUUUAAUUCUAAUUGCAAAAAUUACAAGAGGGAAUAGAAAUCAAAGGACAAGAAUUUAAAUUAUUAGUUGAUCAAAUUGAUUAAUUACAAUAAAAGCGUGAUCAUCUAAUCUAGAGUGUUUAGUAAUUAUAAUCAUCUGUUUUAUAAGAGGAAUAGAACACUAACUAAAAACCAUAUGUAAAUAUUAAAUUAAAUUAGAUUGUACAUGAUGAAGAAUCCUUGCAUUCUUAAAGUUAUGAUAAAUUAAAGCCUGAUUGGUUAAAACCUACAAAAAACUCUGCAAUUAAAAGUCAAACCAACUUUGGCUUAUUAAGCGAUUUAAGUAAGAAAUUUCAGCCAAGAUCUGCAAAUUAAUCCAUACUUAGGAAAUCUCCUUUAGGCAAAGAUUAAUCAGUUUAAUCUGUUAUUUAAAAUCUAGAGGAAUUAAACUAAAACUUAGAUAGAAUGUAUAUGGAAAGUCUUGAAAGAUUUGAAUCCUGA